CGUAACCAUUUGCAAUGUUGUGAUGGGGUGGGCCCGCUACGAUGCUGGUGGACGGUGGUGGUCCUGGUUCCGGACUCCAGUGUAUCUUUAGCAUAUAUACCUUAAGCGUAAAAUCAUCAUUUCCGUAUCUGUGUCGUCCUCCCCAUUAUUAUCUAAAUCCUUUCAGCGAAGUAGUUGAUUGAAAAUGGCGACUGAAAUUCGAUCCUUUGAUCUGAUAAACAAAACUCAGAUUCCAUCAUUAGGUCUUGGGACAUGGCAAUCGGAACCUGGUCUUGUUGGCCAAGCCGUCACUGCUGCCGUCAAGGCUGGGUAUCGCCACAUUGAUUGUGCCCAAAUUUAUGGCAAUGAAAAGGAGAUUGGUUUAGCUUUAAAGAAACUCUUUGAAGAUGGCGUGGUGGCACGAGAAGAUUUAUGGAUCACCUCUAAACUUUGGUGUAACAAUCAUGCCCCUGAAGAUGUACCUAUCGCAUUAGAGAAAACUCUGAAUGACUUACAGAUUGAGCAUCUUGAUUUGUACCUUAUUCAUUGGCCAGUAAGGACAAAGAAAGGGACAGCUGGCUUCAAACCUGAAAAUCUGCUAAAAACAGACAUACCUGCCACAUGGAAAGCAAUGGAAGCACUGUUUGAUAUAGGGAAGACACGAGGUUUAGGUGUUAGCAAUUUUUCUUCAAAAAAAUUGGGAGAUUUGUUGAAUGUGGCCCGCAUUCCCCCUGUUGUGAAUCAGGUUGAAUGCCAUCCUUCAUGGCAUCAAACCAAAUUGAGGGAGUUUUGUAAAUCUAAAGGCGUUCAUCUCUCAGGGUACUCGCCACUUGGUUCACCUGGGACAAAAUGGCUAAAGAGCAAUGUACUUGAGCAUCCAAUUUUGACAUCAGUUGCAGAUAAAUUAGGGAAGACUCCUGCACAAGUUGCCAUACGUUGGGGUUUACAGAUGGGUCAUAGUGUUCUUCCCAAAAGUACAAAUAAAGCGCGUAUCAAAGAGAAUUUUGCAGUUUUUGAUUGGUUGAUUCCUGAUGAUUUGUUCACAGAGUUGUCUAAAAUCCAACAGGCAAGACUUGUGAGAGGUGAUUUUUUGGUGAAUGAUGUUUAUGGUGAGUAUAAAACAGUUGAGGAACUUUGGGAUGUAUUUCAUUUUCUGUUCCAUGUUGUAAACGAGCAACUAUUAAUGCUCGAAAAAAGUAGAUUUGAUGAUAUUUCAAAAGCUGAAAUGCUGUUUACAUUUGUCACCAUCAUAGCAAGAGAAAAAGAAAAAUUUACCUAUACAAGAUGUCGGAGGCGAAGUCGGCGGCACCGGUGGCGUUGCAGAUCAGAUGCAGGCAAUGAAAUCGAUUUUCAGAAGAAGAGAAACAUACCUGUUGGGCAGAAUUCGAAAACGAGUUUGAGCCAGAGGACGUGCGCCGACGUCGGCGUUGCAAAGUGCAACAUCGUCGACGUUUUGGGUGGACGUGAGCCUCGUCGGAAUCUUGGUGGUGAAGAGAAGCAGACGCGAAUGGGAGCACACACGAAGGGAAGGAAAGGCGAUGAAGUGUUUGUCGGUCUUUCUUUAGGGCAAAUUAGGUAG